GUCAGAACAAGAUAAAUUUAUUUGGAGAACCCCAAAAAUGAACUACGUAGUUUGGCGCAUGAAGGUGCCACAUACUCAGCCACAUCCUGCUGUCGCCUUGGUUCUAGUGUCGAUCACCAACCCCACAACCACCCCCAGUGGCUUGGAGGUGGCCCGUUAGGUUUGGCAAAGCUUGUUUCAAUGAAUGGGUCGACAACGUCACUUGGCAUUGAAUACACUGUGCGAUGGAUCUCACAUACGUUGAACAGCGUCAUGUAGGCCAUGGUGGGGAGAGGCCGCCAGACCAAAGCCUAACGGAUGUUCUCCCAGUCUGCCACUUCUGGCAAGAUUUGGAGUUAAGGCGUCUGCAAAAAUAGCCAUCGAUGACGACGUUGGAGUGUGGCUAGUGGCCCUGGUUGAGCCAAGUGCCCUCCAUCAACGUGAGUUUGUGAGAAAAAGUUCGUCUAUAUAAACCAGCCAUGACCGCCUCAAUUCAACACUCAUCUGAUCCGAACAUCACAUCAAACAAAGACAACUUCUCUCUACACCCAUCAGACUCUCAACACAAACAACAAUGUCAUCCAUCAUGAACAAGGCCAAGGACGCUAUGAGCUCCGACAAGCAAGAGACAUAUACUCACCCUGCGCCCUCUGAGGCCCAGCACCACACUCAUGCUUCCGAUGCUAGAGCUCCUCGCCACAACGAACCCCAUAGCAACCUGUUGAGCUCUGCUCAGCAGCCUAGUGGCACAUACACUUCGAACAAUGCUUACACCACUACUUCUGCCACUGGCCCAGCCACCACCACUGCUGGCCCUCAUUCUUCAAACCUCAUGAACAAGGCCGAUCCCCGUGUUGACUCCGACAUGGACGGCCGCAAUGCCUUUGGCACCCAGACCCAUGGCACUAGCCACGUUCCUGGAGCUCACACCAGCAACACUGUCCACAGCACCUCUGGCCACCACCAGCACAACACCAACCCAGGUACUGGGCUUGGUUCCACGGGACCUGCUUCCAGCACUGCCGGUCCCCAUUCUUCCAACUUGAUGAACAAGGUCGACCCGCGCGUUGACUCUGAUCUUGAUGGAAGCAAGACUGUCGGCAAGGACCAGACACUUAGCGGCAACACUGCUGCUUAUGGCAUGACCAACCCCAGCAUGGACCAUGCCAUGCCGUCUGCCUAUAGUGCCAACAGCGGUACCACUGCUACCGGACCUGCCUCAUCCACUGCUGGACCUCACUCAUCUAACAUGAUGAACAAGGCUGACCCCCGCGUUGACUCCAACCUUGACGGAAGCAAGACUGUCGGCCAGAGCCAGACAUUUGCUAGCAACGCCACUACACAAGGCAUGACCAACGCCGGUUUCAACCCUUCCAACCCUGCCGUCCAUGGUACACAUACUACUCAUGCCGCCAACACCGGCAUUGCUUCCAGCGGCCCUGCUUCCAGCACCGCUGGACCUCACUCCUCCAACCUCAAGAACAAGGCCGAUCCUCGCGUUGACUCUGACCUUGACGGAAGCAAGACUGUUGGCCAGAACCAGACCUUCAACACUACCUCCAACACCCACAAUACCCACAACACCACUGGUGCUGCUACUACUACCACCUCUCAUGCUCACCCCCAUCAGACUCACAACACCCAUGGUCAGCACCACACAUCGGGUGCUGGCGCCGAUGUCAAGGCCAACCUGCAGAGCGCCGCGACUGGCCCUGCUCCUAACACCGCUGGCCCCCACAAGUCUGACUUGUUGAACAAGCUGGAUCCUCGUGUCGACAGCAAUCUGGACGGCAGCAAGACGUUGGGAUCCAACCAGACCUUUAACCACUAAAGGUAUGAUGAAUGAUCUGCUGAGAAAGAGAGAUAUAAUAAGAUACUAUGAUCCGAUGCCUAUGUAUUGUUAGCUAGUACUAAAUUUUACGAAAUAAAUUUCCUUUGACUUAAAUUAUCACAUUUUUUGGUUUGACUUUUAUUCUUCUCCCUGAAGCGUACCGUGAAGAAGGUUAUUGUGAGUGGGUUGGAUGUCGUCAGCUGGUGCAGGACGCCGCGCCUCCCAACCAGGCGUCAUAGCCUCACCACUACAGGCAGCUAGCUCUCCAC